AUGAAGCCUUUUAGUCGUAUUCGUCAACGAUGGAGCGAAAAACAGGGCAACAUAAGUGAAAUUUCGAUGCCUACGAGCGUGGAGAAGUUACUUCACGUGGAAUAUGAUCCUGUGACAAAAAAGUUCAAAGGAAUGCCAGAAGCAUGGCAAGAACUUAUUUCUCAGUCUAAUUUUACGGAUGAGGAGCAGAUCUGUCAUCCUGAGGAAAUUAUUAAUGCCUGUCAGACACAUGACAAAUUUAUAAAACAGCAGGAACACAAUGAGAAAUUUCUUGGCGUCAGUGGGAGCAGUUUGGAUGAUUUGGAUGAUUCGGAUCGGAAAUUAUCGGAUGGUUCAGGGAUUGAGAAUGGAAAGCUUGAGCAUAACAGCACGGGAUCAGAUUCUAGCAAUAAUCCGGAUGCUACGUCUGCUCAGACGCUGCUAGCGAAAGUGAUGAUGAAUUCGGAAAGAAAUAAACCCAAGGUGGCCGAUGGCUUAGCGCCCACCAAUCCACUUAAACCUUCUUCGUCAAUAAAGCCAUCUGUGGCACAAACUGCUGUUCCGGAAAAGGCUAAAGAUGCUCCAUUACGACGAAAAGCAAAGAAGAUGACCGAUCCAGAAUUCUACGAGGCUUUGUCCAAAAUAAUAUCCCCUGGAGAUCCCCUUGACAAAUAUUCCUUGGAGACUGUUUUGGGUUCAGGGGCGUCAGGGACAGUUCGACGUGCUCGUUGUAAAGCCACCAACGAACCAGUUGCCAUUAAAAUAAUGAACCUGUCCAAGCAGCCCAACCGCGACCUGAUUAUCUCAGAGAUCCAAGUGAUGGAGCAUACUCGCCACGAGAACAUUGUGAAUUACAUUGAAUCCUUCCUUAUGCGCAACGAAGACGAGUUGUGGGUUGUCAUGGAGUACCUGGAUGGUGGUCCCCUCACCGACGUAGUCACUGAAACUAUCAUGGAGACACCGCUCAUUGCUGCGGUUGUUAAGGAAUGCCUCAAAGCUAUUAAUUUCCUCCACGAGAAGAAUAUUAUUCAUAGGGACAUCAAAUCGGACAACAUACUGUUGGGCAAAUCGGGUCAUGUGAAGCUAACGGAUUUCGGUUUCUGCGCCCAAAUGGGCAGUCGACAAAGCAAACGUCAGACAAUGGUGGGGACACCCUACUGGAUGGCGCCUGAAGUGGUCAAUAAAUCGGUGAAAUAUGGACCCAAAAUCGAUAUUUGGUCGUUAGGAAUAAUGAUAAUUGAAAUGUUGGAUGGUGAACCACCCUACCUCAAUGAACCACCUCUCAAGGCCAUAUAUCUGAUCCAGACAAGGGAGCGUCCUGAGCCAAAGUCGACGGAGGUGAGCCCUCUCUUACGCGACUUCCUGGACAAGUGUCUCCAAGUUGAUCCGGAGAAGAGAGCAACAGCUGCGGAAUUAUUAAACCAUCCUUUCCUCUCCGAUACCAAACCACUCUCCGGCCUGUCCGCCCUCAUCAAAGCGGCGCGGGCAAAUCUCAGCAAGCCGGAUUAA